AUGCCUCUUGCGGAAGAAGCUAAAAGUGGGCGUCGAGAUUCAAAGCAGAAAGGUGUUGUAGGAGAAAGUCCUUCUAGCCCUUCUGGAGACGAUGGAGACGACACCGACAAGAAGGGACUUUCGGUUAUCCCUGAUGACGACGAAGACCUCGAGACGGACGAAUACGAACCUCUGUCGGCUGCAUCAGACCAGCGCAUAGAUACCGGAGCUGCAUCUUGGAUCAAAAAAGAGCCCGCCGCUGAAAUCGCUGCGACUUCAGCACGACCUCCGCGGCCGCAAGCAUCUCGAACAAACUCCAGACAAACUGCGCCGUCGAGCGUCUUUCAGCACUCCAAGUACUCAUCACUCACUAGAGACGACAAGGUCUACCUGAAAUACCAUCGGGACAAUCUCUCUCAUCACCAUUAUGCAUUCAAAUACGAUGCUGGCGACUUCUUGAAGACCACUUUCUUGGAAAUCGCCAUGAAUGACCCCAGCCAGGCACUGCUCUAUUCUAUCAUUGCAUUCUCUGCUUACCAUCGUUCGAUUGAGAGGGGAGACGUCAUCUCGGACUUUUUGUCCUACUACAACAAGUCGAUCAUCUUGCUCCAUCAGUCGCUGAAGAGCAAGAAGCCCGGCAUUGCGACCCUACUCACCAUUCUGCAGCUUGCAACCAUUGAGGAGUUCCUCGGUGACUGGAGUAACCUUCUUGGCCACCAGAAGGCCGCCCACCAGAUCUUGACCGACCUCUUCACUCCGCAAACGAUCAUGCAAGACGAGACGCGUAGAAGGAUCAUCGCGUGGUACAUCCGGUUCGAUCUCUUCGCAGGCAUGAUGUCAGGAAGCGAGACACGUCUGGGCCGCGAGUGGUUCGCUGCCUGCAACGACCACUACGUGCGUCAAGCAAGAGAUCGACCGGACGACCUCGUUGCGAAGUUUGAGGAAUACUUCUCCACGUCGCGUCUGCUCGCAACAGACGUGGCGCUUCUGUUCGCCGGAAAGGUCAAAGGCACAGUGAGCGACGAACAGUUUGGAGCAAAGACAGCAGAUCUCGCCUCGCAGUUUUCCAGGGUGGGUCGUGUAUUGGAAACGGCGUUCAGAGACCCACAGGACUACGUGAAGGACUUCCCGAGGGGACCUCCACCGAGCGAAGACGACAUUUUCAACUUCCAAGAUCCCAACUUCCUGCUGGGUGGUGAUCUGUUUACGAUGAACUUCGUUCGUCUGGAUUUCUGGUCGAUCGACUUGAUGUACAAGUACAACAUGACGAAAGUACGAGGGCGUACAACUCAGGAGGAAGGCGAAGAGUUGACGUCCAUCGCCAUGAGGAAGUGCAAAAUGAUUGACGCUAUCCAGUACAGCGAUCAAGGCCCGCCAGGAGCAGUCAUUGGAUGUCAGGCCAGCUUAGGGAUCGCAAGUCUGUUCCUACCCAAGGAUGAAAGACACACCAAUUGGUGUCGACGGAAGUACGCUCUCAUCGAGCAACUUGGUUACAUAUAUCCGGUGAACCUUCGAAAGCAACUUUCAGACAGCUGGGGAGUCGACGUAAGUCACUGGUGGCUGCCAAACGACGAAGGCUAUCCCGACAUCGUCCGCGCUAUCCGUGACUUCAUCGACUAUCGAUCAGAAGUCCCAAAGGACACCCUGGAAGCGCAUCUUCGCGAAAUGAGCGGCAUCUUCAAGAACCUGAAUGUCGACGAGCAGAGCAGUAGUGCUGGGACCGACUCUGAGCAACGCUCGCCACAAUUUGGGCAAUCGGUCUCGUUCGAGAGCAGCCCGGAGCAGAGCUGGCAAAGCUGA